AUGGCCUCUGGCAUAAACAACAUUCAUCAGCCCGGGACUUGCAGUGGAUCUAAAGCCGCUCGCAGCAGCUCGGCAGAGGAAUGCAAUCGGGAAAUGCACAUGAAAAUGUGCAAAAAAAUUGCUCAGCUCACUAAGGUGAUAUAUGCCCUGAACACUAAGAAUGAUGAACAUGAGGACAGUAUACAGGCUCUGAGAGAGGCUCAUGAAGAAGAAAUUCAGAAUAUUCUUGCUGAGACAAGAGAAACAAUUCUCCAGUGUAAAAGCAAAGUUGAAGAAGAGCAGUUACUGAGAAAGCAUAUUCAGGCCCUUGAAAUUGCAGUAGCACAACACAAGAGAUUGAAGGAAGAAGCCUUGGCAGAGUUAAUAUUGUGUAAAAAGCAAGCAGAAGAGAAGGAGUCAAGAACAGAAGUGAAACAAGCACAGAUAGACCUUUCUACAGAAUCAGUAGAUACCAAUGCAGGCUUUGAAAACAAACUUCUACAUUUAAAUCAGGAGUUUGAUGGACUGCUAAAUGAAUACAGAGCAUUUAGAGGAGAAAAUCUAGAUGAAAAAGUAAAUUCAGAUGAAAAAUGUAGUGCAGAAAGACACACUGUAAUAAAUGAGAUGGAAAACGUGAAGAGCAAGAACCAGAAAACAACCGAAGAAUACAUUCAGAAAACAAGAAAACUGCAAGCCCCUUGUGAGACAGAAAAAGAGUCUUUGAAAAAAGCCAUGCAGCAAUCUGUGAUAGAAACAAACUGUCAGCAAAGAGAAACAGAGCAAAAGAAGAGCUCAGAGACCGAGGAAGAUUUUUUGCUACAGCAGGUAAAGAAGCUGGAAGCAGACCUAGAGGAGAAAAGCCAGAAGAUAAAUGAGAAGAAGAAGCAUUCCCAGAAGCUGAAGGAGAGAAUACAGGAGCUCCAGACACAGCUAGAUGAAUUUAAAAGAAAAUCUGAGUGUGAACUAAAGCAACUAGAGAAAGAGAAAGAAGUUCUAACCGGGAAACUUCAAAACUCUUCACUUGAGGUGGCUCAGCUGAAGCAAAUAUUAGAACAGCAAGCAAAUAAUUUCAAGGAGUCACUGAAGAAACAUAAUCUACAGUCCAACAAAGAAAAAGAGAAGCUUUUGCAGGAUCUUCAAAACACCAUUAAAGAAAAUCAAAAUGUUAAACUGCAGUUGGAGGCAUCACACCAAAAAGUCUUAAAAAUGUUGGAGGAAAGGAAGAAUCAGGAACUCAAGGAGGCAGAAGAACGUUUGAAAAAGGAAUUUAAUGAGACUUUCAAGAUCCAACAUCAGUCUCAUAGGCUGGAAAUACAAACCUUGGAAGAGAAAGCAAAGAAAGAAUUACAUGAUGAACUUGAGCAGAUACAGAAGCAGCAAGCCUUGUUGCUAGGAUCUCUAAGGAUGGAACUCUCUGAGCAACAGACAUUAUGCACAAACCUAAAGAAACAAAUAGAAGAUUUACAAAUAGAGCUGGGGAGUGUGAGGACACUGAAGAAGCAACAGGAAGGAAGUAGCCAAAGCCAGAUCAGAUAUCUUCAUGAUGAACUGGAAAAAUGUCAGAAUGAAAUUUCUGAACUCAAGAAAGAGAAUUUACUUUUAAAGGACACAAUGGAGCUGCUCAGUGCUGAGUUGGAGUCACAGAAGCAAGAAACUGCACAGCUUCAGGAUAGAGAUAAACAGCACACAAGUGAAAGGCUACUGGUAGAAGACCUCAAUAUCAAGCAUAAAAGAGAACUGGAUAUACUGAAACAAGAUCACCGGAAGGAAAUUGAAAAUAUAGUAUCUGAUUUCAGCAGCACUCAGGCACAUCUCCAAGCAAAGAUUUUCUCCUUAGAAACUGCACUUAAAGAAUUAGAAGAAAAGUCAAGGAAGUGGGAGUCCAGGCCUGAAGAUACACACCUUAUAAACUGUCUGCAAGACGAAUUAAGUGAGAGAGAAGAGAUUAUCAAGCAGCUGGUGGAAGGAAGAAAAUGUCAGCAUUCACUUGCAGCCAACGCUGAAUCUUACAGGAAUCGAUCAUUUUCUUUCAACCCCAAUACAGCAUGCCUGACUCCCUUCAUGAAGCAGCAGAAGAAAACGGUUGAGGUGCCCAGUCGUGUUGUCAGCGUUCCGAAUCUAGCUUCCUACGCAAAGAGCUUUUUGAGCUGUGACUUGAGAUCAAAAAGAAGUGCUCCUCAAAUAACAAAAUCUACAAGCUUAGACCAGAGUUCUGGCUGCCUCAGGGUGGGCUCUCCAUCAACACAGUCUUCAGAGAGCAGUGUUGCCACAAGGACAUAUGGCAAUGAACCACCACAAACCAAAGAUGACCAAAAACAAGACCCUCAGCAUCAAGAAUGGUUUACUAAGUAUUUUUCGUUUUAA